AUGGGUCUGGAGAUUAUGGAGAUAGAUAGUUCUACUCCUCAUCCCGGUGUUGUGAUUGAUAGUUCCGUGGCAUACAGGGAGACGAAUGGUGGGUGGGUAACACUACGUUCCAAGACGCCUUUAUCUGGGAAUCAACGACAAUGGGCGAUGAAGGUUGUUGAUCAAGGUGAGGGUAGUGACGGAUCUGGACUCAUGAUGGGACUGCUUCCGCGAUUAAGUCCACAACAGGAAGCAUCCAUGGGGAACAAGUAUAUAUCAGAACUUGGUGGAUGGUGUAUCUCACGAGCUGGAGAUUCAUAUGGAUCGUGGAAAUGUGACAAGAUGCCAUUUUCUACUGGAUGUGUUCUGGAGUUUGAUUGGGAUGCCAUCAAUCGGACAUUGUAUGUUGUGAGCGGGAAAAGGAAGGCCAUUGGUCAUAUACCAAAUGUAAGUGACACAGAUGUAGUAUAUCCUGCUUUUUCAAUGUAUUAUUUGAACCAGAAGCUUUCUUUUGUUUGA